UUGUCCCAUCCGGAAAUGCAGUAUUUAUGGGUCAGUUAUUCGGAAAAUCGGAAAUUAGAAAUUAGCACGUACAUUCCAUAUAAAAAUGCAUAAAAGCUUUGGAUGAUUUGUGCUUUGAAAAUUGCCGAUCGAAGAUGGAGUUCCUUAAAAUCCUUAAAAGUGUUCUUGUGCUGUGUCUUGUGGGAUUUCAAUCGGGAUUUGGAACGGAAUUGCCUUCGUUUCUUCAUGUUUGCAAAAGAACCGACCCCAACUUGAAAAAUUGCAUGAUAGCUUCCGUUGAAGAUCUUCGGCCGUAUCUCAUUACAGGGGUUCCUGAAUAUAACAUUCCCAGUUUGGAGCCGCUGAUAAUGACUGAUUUCUUUGCUGAUGAAGCAGCAGGAAUGAAAAUUAUUGUUUCCAAUGUGAGCGCUUGGGGUUGUACGGAUUUCUUCGUUCGUGGACUUGAGGUAAAUUUGGAUACGCUUCAAUUUAUCGUGGACGUGGACAUUCCAAAGCUACGAAUAGAAGCCCACUAUCAUGUGGAUGGGAAACUAUUGAUGGUCGUGGUUCGUGGGGAUGGAAACAUGGAAACUAACGUUACUGAGGUUAGUGCCAGAGCGGUUUUCCAAGGAAAAUUGAACGAAAGGGGUGGCAAGGAAUACAUGACCUACAAUGAUGUUAAAUUGAAAGUCCAUGUUGGCGGAGGCUCGGUGAAGUUGGAGAAUUUAUUCAAUGGAGACAAGGUUUUGCUAAGCAUGAUCAACGAUGUGGUGAACAGGAAUCUGGACAUCUUCCUUAAGGAACUGAUGCCCGUCAUAGAAAAAGCCUUAUCUUCAGUUUUUAUGGAAGCUGGAAACGCCAUUGUGAAUUCAUAUCCUUACGACGAACUUUUUCCGCAAUAAUAAUCAAAACUUGUAGUUUUUUUUAGGAAAUUUCGAUUUUAGACUCACUAUCGCUGUGAUUUUGAGCAAAAUCUUGGCUGCAAAAAUGUAGACUCGAAUGCACUGAUCUCUGAUGAAGAGUGAUUGUAAUAACGACACUGUUUAUUUAAAUGACCUUUUCAAACUGUUUAUGUUCAUCUAAGUUAAUUGAUUAAGCUUUUUGGGAGGAAGGAUAGAUAAUUAAGAAAAACCCAUAAAAAUAUAAUGCAUAUGAACGAGAUAUUGUGUAAACUUAUCAAUUAAAUUGUGUAAUAUGACAUAUGUGAUAAUUUUCACCAUUACCUAAGGCAAUAAACAGUAAAUUUUA